AUGUUGUUACCUUUCAAAAGGAUCUUGAUAACUGCUUGGUUAUUGUUAUCAUCUGCAUUAGCUCUUGAUAUUACACUGGACAGAAUCGACCGUGGUGUAAUUGAUCUUAGUAUUGGAGACAUUACAAUUCACGCCCCUGCCUCGUGGUCUAUCAUUAAUAAUGCUAUCUCUACAAUUGUUGGUAAUCUCAAAGUUGAAUCUGGUGCUGGAUUUUAUAUCAGUCUGACAUCUCCCAUUCUUUCCCUCCAAGUGCUUUUAACUUCCCUACUUGAAAGUAUUGAGAAUGACGGUAUUAUUGCUUUUAACUCUGUUGCUUCUUUGACUAGUUCUACUUUCAACUUGGUUGGUUUGUCUUUCAAGAAUACUGGUGAAAUGUACAUGGGUGCUUCUGGAAUAUUACCAAGUGUUAUGUCUAUCACUGCUGCAUCUUGGGAUAAUGAAAACUUGAUGGUGUUCUACCAGAACCAAAGAAACUCAGGAAAUGUUUUGCUUGGUACUGCCCUUGGAAGUAUCACCAACAACGGUAAUAUUUGUCUUUUUGAAUCUGUGUACAGACAAACAACAGCUAUUAAAGGUAGUGGAUGUAUCACUGCUGAUGAAAACUCAACCAUCUACAUUUCAAACUCACUUUUAUCAGUUGACACCAAUCAAAACCUUUAUCUUAAGGACAGCCAAUCAUCUAUUAUUGCAGAAGCCCUUUCAACUCCUCAAACAUUCAAUGUUUAUGGUUUUGGUAACGGAAACAAAAUUGGUGUCACAUUACCACUUCUUGGUAAUCUACUUCCAUACUACCCUGCCUACAGUUAUGAUGAAUCUACUGGUAUUUUGACUUUAAGAAACCUUUUAUUGACACAAAGAUUUAACAUUGGUAAAGGCUACGAUUCAGAUCUCUUUAAGAUCGUUACAGAUUCAGGUGCUGGAUUACCUUCAACAUUGCUUGGUAGUCUUCAAUAUAACGGCCCAGUUCCAGAUCAAUCUUUACCAUCUUCAUGUCAAAUUGAAUGUAAACAACUUCCAGAUGCUCCAGGUACUGAACCAACAGAGUACACAACAACAAUCACUACUACUGCUUCAGAUGGAUCUGAAUUGACAGAGACAGGUGUUGUUGACAUUACCACCGAUACAAAUGGUUCCUGGUACACGACCACUUCAAUUUUCCCAACCGCGUCUACAAGUAGUUCUGAAGUCGUGUCCUCAACCGAAGAAUCUACUUCUUCCAGUGAAGCUACUUCCUCCAGUGAGGCUACUUCCUCCAGUGAAGCUACUUCCUCCAGUGAAGCUACCUCAUCUAGUGAAGCUACUUCCUCCAGUGAAGCUACCUCAUCUAGUGAAGCUACUUCCUCCAGUGAAGCUACAUCAUCUAGUGAAGCUACUUCCUCCAGUGAAGCCACCUCAUCUAGUGUAGCCACCUCAUCUAGUGUAGCCACCUCAUCUAGUGAAGCUACAUCAUCUAGUGAAGCUACUUCCUCCAGUGAAGCCACCUCAUCUAGCGAAGCUACUUCUACCAGUAAAGCUACUUCUUCCAGUGAAGCUACUUCCUCUGCUGAGUCUUCCGAAUCUGGUAUUCAAACUGAAUACACCACCACCUGGACUACUACCAACAGUGACGGUUCAGUUGAAACUGAUUCUGGUAUUGUCAGUCAAUCCGGCUCAUCCUUGACUACUUUGACUACCUUCCCACACGAAGCUACUUCUUCUGCUGAAUCCGGUGUUCAAACUGAAUACACCACCACCUGGACUACUACCAACAGUGACGGUUCUGUUGAAACUGAUUCUGGUAUUGUCAGUCAAUCCGGCUCAUCCUUGACUACUUUGACUACCUUCCCACACGAAGCUACUUCUUCUGCUGAAUCCGGUGUUCAAACUGAAUACACCACCACCUGGACUACUACCAACAGUGACGGUUCUGUUGAAACUGAUUCUGGUAUUGUCAGUCAAUCCGGCUCAUCCUUGACUACUUUGACUACCUUCCCACACGAAGCUACUUCUUCUGCUGAAUCCGGUGUUCAAACUGAAUACACCACCACCUGGACUACUACCAACAGUGACGGUUCAGUUGAAACUGAUUCUGGUAUUGUCAGUCAAUCCGGCUCAUCCUUGACUACUUUGACUACCUUCCCACACGAAGCUACUUCUUCUGCUGAAUCUGCUGAGUCUGGUGUUCAAACUGAAUACACCACCACCUGGACUACUACCAACAGUGACGGUUCUGUUGAAACUGAUUCUGGUAUUGUCAGUCAAUCCGGCUCAUCCUUGACUACUUUGACUACCUUCCCACACGAAGCUACUUCUUCUGCUGAAUCUGCUGAGUCUGGUGUUCAAACUGAAUACACCACCACCUGGACUACUACCAACAGUGACGGUUCUGUUGAAACUGAUUCUGGUAUUGUCAGUCAAUCCGGCUCAUCCUUGACUACUUUGACUACCUUCCCACACGAAGCUACUUCUUCUGCUGAAUCUGCUGAGUCUGGUGUUCAAACUGAAUACACCACCACCUGGACUACUACCAACAGUGACGGUUCUGUUGAAACUGAUUCUGGUAUUGUCAGUCAAUCCGGCUCAUCCUUGACUACUUUGACUACCUUCCCACACGAAGCUACUUCUUCUGCUGAAUCUGCUGAGUCUGGUGUUCAAACUGAAUACACCACCACCUGGACUACUACCAACAGUGACGGUUCUGUUGAAACUGAUUCUGGUAUUGUCAGUCAAUCCGGCUCAUCCUUGACUACUUUGACUACCUUCCCACACGAAGCUACUUCUUCUGCUGAAUCUGCUGAGUCUGGUGUUCAAACUGAAUACACCACCACCUGGACUACUACCAACAGUGACGGUUCUGUUGAAACUGAUUCUGGUAUUGUCAGUCAAUCCGGCUCAUCCUUGACUACUUUGACUACCUUCCCACACGAAGCUACUUCUUCUGCUGAAUCUGCUGAGUCUGGUGUUCAAACUGAAUACACCACCACCUGGACUACUACCAACAGUGACGGUUCUGUUGAAACUGAUUCUGGUAUUGUCAGUCAAUCCGGCUCAUCCUUGACUACUUUGACUACCUUCCCACACGAAGCUACUUCUUCUGCUGAAUCUGCUGAGUCUGGUGUUCAAACUGAAUACACCACCACCUGGACUACUACCAACAGUGACGGUUCUGUUGAAACUGAUUCUGGUAUUGUCAGUCAAUCCGGCUCAUCCUUGACUACUUUGACUACCUUCCCACACGAAGCUACUUCUUCUGCUGAAUCUGCUGAGUCUGGUGUUCAAACUGAAUACACCACCACCUGGACUACUACCAACAGUGACGGUUCUGUUGAAACUGAUUCUGGUAUUGUCAGUCAAUCCGGCUCAUCCUUGACUACUUUGACUACCUUCCCACACGAAGCUACUUCUUCUGCUGAAUCUGCUGAGUCUGGUGUUCAAACUGAAUACACCACCACCUGGACUACUACCAACAGUGACGGUUCUGUUGAAACUGAUUCUGGUAUUGUCAGUCAAUCCGGCUCAUCCUUGACUACUUUGACUACCUUCCCACACGAAGCUACUUCUUCUGCUGAAUCUGCUGAGUCUGGUGUUCAAACUGAAUACACCACCACCUGGACUACUACCAACAGUGACGGUUCUGUUGAAACUGAUUCUGGUAUUGUCAGUCAAUCCGGCUCAUCCUUGACUACUUUGACUACCUUCCCACACGAAGCUACUUCUUCUGCUGAAUCUGCUGAGUCUGGUGUUCAAACUGAAUACACCACCACCUGGACUACUACCAACAGUGACGGUUCUGUUGAAACUGAUUCUGGUAUUGUCAGUCAAUCCGGCUCAUCCUUGACUACUUUGACUACCUUCCCACACGAAGCUACUUCUUCUGCUGAAUCUGCUGAGUCUGGUGUUCAAACUGAAUACACCACCACCUGGACUACUACCAACAGUGACGGUUCAGUUGAAACUGAUUCUGGUAUUGUCAGUCAGUCCGGCUCAUCCUUGACUACUUUGACUACCUUCCCACACGAAGCUACUUCUUCUGCUGAAUCUGCUGAGUCUGGUGUUCAAACUGAAUACACCACCACCUGGACUACUACCAACAGUGAUGGUUCUGUUGAAACUGAUUCUGGUAUUGUCAGUCAAUCCGGCUCAUCCUUGACUACUUUGACUACCUUUCUCACACGAAGCUACUUUCUUCUGCUGAAUCUGCUGAGUUCUGGUGUUCAAACUGAAUACACCACCACCUGGACUACUACCAACAGUGACGGUUCAGUUGAAACUGAUUCUGGUAUUGUCAGUCAGUCCGGUUCAUCCUUGACUACUUUGACUACCUUCCCACACGAAGCUACUUCUUCUGCUGAAUCUGCUGAGUCUGGUGUUCAAACUGAAUACACCACCACCUGGACUACUACCAACAGUGACGGUUCAGUUGAAACUGAUUCUGGUAUUGUCAGUCAGUCCGGCUCAUCCUUGACUACUUUGACUACCUUCCCACACGAAGCUACUUCUUCUGCUGAAUCUGCUGAGUCUGGUGUUCAAACUGAGUACACCACCACCUGGACUACUACCAACAGUGACGGUUCUGUUGAAACUGAUUCUGGUAUUGUCAGUCAGUCCGGCUCAUCCUUGACUACUUUGACUACCUUCCCACACGAAGCUACUUCUUCUGCUGAAUCUGCUGAGUCUGGUGUUCAAACUGAGUACACCACCACCUGGACUACUACCAACAGUGACGGUUCUGUUGAAACUGAUUCUGGUAUUGUCAGUCAGUCCGGCUCAUCCUUGACUACUUUGACUACCUUUGCACCAGAAGAAGAAAGCUCAUUAUUGUCUGGUUCAAAUACUGUCGUCCCUACUUCAGUAUCUGUUAGUGGUGUUACAACAGUUGAGCCGACUGCCAGUGGUUCAGGUUCUGGCGGAUCUGGUUCUGGUUCUGGUUCUGGUUCUGGUUCUGGUUCUGGUUCUGGUUCUGGUUCUGGUUCUGGUUCUGGUUCUGGUUCUGGUUCUGGUUCUGGUUCUGGUUCUGGUUCUGGUUCUGGUUCUGGUUCUGGUCAAUCAGGUAACGGUUCUGAAUCCGGUAAUGGUUCUGGUCAAUCAGGUAACGGUUCUGAUUCCGGUAAUGGUUCUGAAUCAGGCAAUGACUCUGGAAACGGUUCUGGUAAUGGUUCAGGUAGUGGAUCUGGUAAUGGAUCUGGUAAUGGAUCUGGUAAUGGAUCUGGUAACGGUUCUGGUGAAUCAGGAAAUGGAUCAGGAAAUGGCUCUGGUGAAUCUGGUAACGGUUCAGGUAAUGGUUCUGAAUCAGGAAAUGGAUCUGGCUCAAGUUCUGGUAAUGGAUCCGGUAAUGGUUCAGGCGCAAGUUCUGGUUCUGGUUCUGGUAAUGGAUCUGGAUCUGGAUCUGGUGAAUCUGGUGAAUCUGGUGAAUCUGGUGAAUCUGGUGAAUCUGGUGAAUCUGGUGAAUCUGGUGAAUCUGGUGAAUCUGGUGAAUCUGGUGAAUCUGGUGAAUCUGGUUCUGGAUCUGGAUCUGGCUCUGGUUCUGGAUCUGGUUCUGGAUCUGGAUCUGGUUCUGGAUCUGGUUCUGACAAUGGCAAUGCUUCUGGAUCAAGUUCUGGUGAAUCCGGUUCUGGUUCUGGUUCUGGUUCAGUUGCCGGUAAUGGUAAUGGUAAUGGUAGCGGUGCAGGCUCUACUGCUAGUGCUUCUUCUGAUAUUAACCCAUCUACCAGUUCAACCCAAGCACCAUCCCUGUUGGUUACAACCGUUUAUUCCCAAUCUACUUCAUCUUCACCAGCUCCAACUUCUGUCGUUAUUCCUGCGGAAAACGGCGCUAUGAAGUAUUCUACUGGCUCGAUAAUGUUUGGCAUUGUCUAUAUCCUUAUGGUUGCUAUUUUCUAA